AUGCCAUCCGCAAUCGUACGGCCUGGCUUCCACAUCCCCACCGUCGACAUCAGCCCAUAUGUGUCUGAUCCAUCGUCCGCCGAGGCCAGCGACGUCGUCGAGGCCGUAAAUCGUGCAUGCACAACCUCCGGAUUUUUCCAACUGAUCGGCCAUGGAAUCGACCCCGCCAUCCGAGAAGCCAUGUUCGCCGGCGCCAAAGCUCUCUUCGACCUCCCUUUCGCGGAAAAGAAAGUGCUCCGGCGCGGCAAAAACCGCGGCUACGAAGCCAUCGGCUCCCAAGCCCUACAGGACGGGACCCUUCCGGAUCUCAAAGAAGGCUACUACAUCGGCACCGACGCCGUCCCCUUCGACGAGACCAAGUCGUACCGCCCCUUCACCGACCCCAACGUCUGGCCGGCAGAGCACCAGCUCCCCGCCGCCGUCUUCAAGCACCCCAUGAACCGCUACUACGCCCAGGUCGAAGCGCUCAGCCGCACCGUCAUGGACGUCAUCGCCGCCGCCCUGGGCCACAGCCCGGACGUCUUCGCCGAGCUGAAGAACGAGCCCGUCGCCGCGUCCAUGCGCCUGCUGCACUACCCGCCUGAUCCACAACGGCAAAAAGCCGGUGAUGGUGACGGCGGAGGCGGAGGCGGAGGCGGCGUCACGCAGCAGCAGCAGCAGCUCGGCGCCGGGGCGCACACGGACUUCGGCUGGACGACGCUGCUGCUGACGGACGGCCACGCGGGGCUGGAGGUCCUGGACCACGGCAGCGGGGAGUGGGUGGCGGUGCCGCCCGAGCGCGACGCGUACGUCGUCAACGUGGGCGACAUGCUGCAGCACGUCACGGGCGGGCGCUUCAAGAGCAACGUCCACCGCGUGCGCAACCUGGGCGACGCGCACCGGUACAGCGUGCCGUAUUUUUUCGACGGCUGCCUGGAUGCCAAGCUUGCGCGGCUGGACGGGAAGGACGCGGGUGGGAGGGCGUUGACGGUCGAGGAGCAUAUGCUCGAGCGGUUUGCGACGACGUAUGGGAGGGGCGGAGCAGAGAAGGAAGACUGA